UGAUUAUCAUCUGCUUCUGCACUUCGGUUUUUGCAUUUCUCAGAAGCCAGUUCUUCGGUUCGUGCAACACUAUAAAACCGAGUACGCACGUCGGUAAUAUGUUGACAGGUUUGAGGCUAUCGUGCAACCUCUGCAACAACCAGCGACUCUGCUUCGGUGUCAUUGAUCAUGCCUACACAACUUUUGUGGUACAAAUGAACUAUCGGUUCUUAUUCCUCGUGCAAUUUGGAAAGAAUUUAUCAGUCGUUCAUAGAUACACCCGGUCGUUUGUCGUCCUUUGUCGUUGUCGCGUGGUGGUACACAAACACAAAUCCACGAGCUGGCUGCUUCUACUAGCCGUGGUUCAUUUUUGCCACUUUUCGUUUUGCUAACUAGAAAUUUUCGCCAAAAAAAACCCCUUCCUCACCAGUGAUUGAGAAUCCCCUCCGGUCAUCUUGACUACGGCUAGUUUUAUCAUUCUCUCUUGAAAUAUUAAAUUCCAACUCGCCACUUUUUAUUCAACAGGAUACGGAAGACUAUUGCACUCUUUCGGCGCCGCGGAAUAAAUUCUAAAAAAUGCCGCUCGAUUACGACUCCAUCCAGUCAAUGUCCGGUGGUUUUGACCAACCCGACUACCGGGACGGCCGGGCGGGUUCCUGGGCCGGGUCGCAGAGGGCGCAGUCGAAACGUGGAGCGAAAAAGGAGGAUAAGGGGGUAUAAAAUAGACUUUCAUUUUUGUUUUAGUAUUUUUCCAAUUCCUCUGUAUAAGGCUCGUUCACGGUAUGCGAUCAUUUUUACAUGCUGUAUGCCUAGUUCUUUUCCUGCUAAAACUGUCGCUUUUCAUCGCAUGGCAUAGGAACAAGAACAAAGUAAACCCUAUCACGACGACAGUCCGCCCCCGCCCGCGCUUCCGCCUUCGGUUUCUUCGGGCGCAUGGCGAAUUCCAUCUUUGGCCGCCAGACCGUCCCGGACUCCCCGAAGUCUCCUGGAUCAUUUGCGGCGCGGCAGCGGUCGGAGUCCCUCGAUUCCACGACUUCUUCUGAAUUGGACGACAUCUGGGACGACGAGCAAUUGCAGUUCCACUGCCCCGACAUGAUCGAGUUCACGGAGUUUCUGGGGUUGCUGUACAAUCUGUUCUUCGUGUUUGUGCUCCUCGACCCGUAUUUCUUCUACAAGAUUCUGCCCCCCGGGAAACAGCUGUACGACGUGGACCAGAUGCGGGACAACAUCUUCGUGAAGGGGCCGUUUAACCUGCUCGUUCGCACCCCGGCGGAAGUCUUGCGGUUCGCCGGCUACCCGCUCGCGGCGGCUUUGUUACCCGAGGACAAGGCGGCCGAACUGGUGUGCGCGCCUUUGUCCUUCUCCAACGUCAACACCUGCCGCAACGGCGUGGAAGAGACCGCGACGGCGGUAUUGUGAGGAAAAAUCCUCCCUUCCCAUACCAAAAAGGGGCACUACUGAAAAUUUGUGAUGCUGAUUUGAGACCACAAAUCGGCCCUGUUGUAUUGCAAGAGGGCAAAGCCAGAGAAUCAGCCGCGUUGCGCAGGCACUUUGUAAUGCUGUAUCGCCUACAGAGGAUAUGCCUGCCUUGCUAGGUGCCUACAGCAAAACGCCCCUACUCAGGCGCUGCAUCUGCCUGCAGUCCUCUACUGCUAGACAGAUUGGAACUGUGUACAAAAAUCCCGCACCACAGAUUUCGGCUUUCAUAUGGACAGGGGGGAUUUUUCACUUUGAUAGGCGGUCGGGGAGUACCUCGGGCACGCUCUGAUCGACCCCACCAAGCAGAAGGUCUUCAGUUUCCUGCCCUACGAACUGCAGCAGUUUGACUUCAACUCCCUCCCCUUCUCCCCGAAGUCCGUGCUGUCCUAUUUGAACCCCGUCGGGCCCUACUUCAGCUCGUCGCAGGAGGAGCAGAGUUUCCUGACGAACCUCCAAGCGCUCGCCGCGGUGCAGGUUUUGCUGGGGAUUUUCCGGUACCACGCGCUCUACCAGAAGACGGCGUUCAAGAAGACGAGCCUGCUGAAAUUGAUGCGGAUGGCAAGUCUCUUCUCCGGCUUCCUGACCCUGUUGCUCUGCUGCGUCGUCACCGCGGACGUGAACCUCAACAUGGCCGCGAUUUUUGUCCUCGUCCCGGAAAUCCUGGUUUCCGCGUUCUCUUUGUUCUUCAUUUGGUACGAGCAAAACCGCGUCGCGACGUUGCUCUGGACCGCGGUUUAUCAACUGUCAAAAUGUCUGGGUCUGGAAGAAUUCAUGUUUGUCAUGCUUGUCUGGCAUGACUCUUAAAUCUGUCAUGCACGUUACCCAAGAGCUGCGCUUUUCUGUGAUGCAGAAGCGCAGUUUGUCAUGCGGAAUAGGCACCACCUAGGAGCUCAGAAACUUGUCAUGCUGAGCCAGCAUUUGCAGCCUCAUCAUGAGACGCUACCCAGCAUCACAAGUUCCCAGACCCAGACAUUUUUACAUUUGAUACGGUUGCGUGCUGCUACCAAGAUGCGGCGGCGAUCACGCCCGACGUGGUGCGGAAAUUUCCGAAGUUCGCGCAGGGGAAAACGCUGUUCGGCGCCAGUAUCAACUUGCCGCCGAGCAGCACUAUUCGUCUGUCCUUCACGGAGCAGGGGUUGCGGCAGUCCGUGCAAAUGAUCAAGGACGACGCCUCGGUGAAUUUGUCCGAGUCCUUCGGCUAUGGAUUGCAAAAAUGUCUGGGUCUGGAAGAUUGCAGCUUGUCAUGCUAAAUCCGAAUCAUGCAGGAAUCUGUGUUGCAUGAGUGCCAAAAGCUGUCCACUUUCGACCAAGUUUGGAGGGAGUUUCUCAUGCAGGAUAGGCAUGGCAGAGACCUCACAGACUCUGUCAUGCUAGGUCCCGCAUUCCAGACCUCAUGGGUCAUGAAAAACCUGCAUGACAAGUUUACACUCUUCCAGACCCAGACAUUUUUGCAUUUGAUAUCGGCCCGCGGUUUUCGGAGAUCCCGUCGCUGGACACGAUGUUGCUGGCGGAAUUGUACAAGUUGGGCUACGGGCUGGAGUGCGGAAUCGAGGACCACGUGCUCUGGUUCUGCCAAACAAUUGGGUUUUUUUCCAUCACUAUCUGCUCGAUUUUUCUCCUCGUGUUGCAAGCGUACUCCACCAGUUUCCCCGGCUGGGUCAGCUUGCGCACGAUCGGGGAAAUUCUCGCGGUGGACGACAUGGUUGCGAACAACGGGACGCAACAGAUUUUACCACUAAUCUUCCUCCUCCAAACCGUCUUCGUGCUCGCGUGGUCGCUCGCGGCGGUGCGCGCGCAGCGCCAGGGGCUGGACGGGGAGAGAAUCUCCGCGAACCGCGGGUCGUCGCUUGGCGCGUCCCUGCAGAUCACGGGCGCGAGUUUGUACGGAGCGGGGGGUGAUUAUCAAACCAAAAACCCGCUCGCGCUGCAACGGGGGAUGACGACGGAAAGUGAUUCGCGGAUCACGAUGCAGCGGGGGCUGACGGCGGAGCUGGUUGGCCAUUCCUCCGACGCGCUGACGCAGAAGCAGAACGCCAACCAAGAAGCAGUCGUGGGCGUCACGGAUACGGACAAGCACCAGGAGAAACGGAAGUCCACUGGGCUGAGACACGUGGUGAAGGGGUACAACGAUCGGGAUACGAACGGGUAUCUCUUUCGCGACAAGGAGGACGAGGUGCACGCCGCGCCGCCGCCCGACCACAGCGAGGUCGGCCGCCACCUGCUCCGCAUGGGGUUGGGCGGCGACACAUCUACUUCAAGUGCCACGCGGGAGUCCGCAGCCGAAGCGGCCCCGGCGGGCGACGCCACGCGCGCGGCCGCGUCGACCGGGAGCCGGGCGGACGUCUCGAAAUUUUCCUCCGACGGCUACGAGAGGCCGGACUCGACGGUUGAUAUUUCGAGGAAAAAUUCUACUUCGAAAAAGAAGCAACUGAUGCCCGGUACUAGUUCUUCCUUUGCAGGAGGAGCCAACACGAACAACAACAAUUUCCCCGCCGUGCGGUCCCAGUACGCGCGGGCCGCGUCCACUGGGUCCCGACGGCAAACGGAACUGGAAUUCGGUGAGUUCUAUCAAAUACAAAUGUAAAAAUGUCUGGGUCUGGAAGAACGCAACUUGUGAUGCUGCAUUUGGAUUCCAGAAAAAUCUGUAUUGCAUGAGUACCAAAAGGAAUGCGUUUUUUGCUACGUGGAGAGGGCAUUUGUCAUGCGGAAUAGGCAUCAAGAAGCUUUCAAAAAAUCUGUGAUGCUAGGGCAUGCAUCACAGACAUUAGGGCUCAUACAAAACGUGCAUAACAAGUGUCAGAAUCUUCCAGACCCAGACAUUUUUGCAUUUGAUAAGUUCCAACGGGCGAAAACCGUGAAGAGGACCGACAUUGACGACACGGACUUCUCCCUGAAGCCCUUCAACGCACAGUAUUGUAAGGAAAAAUCCCCCCUCCCCAUAUCGAAACGAAGUCUCUGAUGCUGGAUUUUCAUACACAAAUCAGAUUUGUCUUGCAGUAGAGGAGUGCAGGCAUAUGCCAAGCCUCAGUCGAUAGGUUUUGACGUAGGCGCCUAGCAUGGCAAACGUGUAUGCUCUAAGCGAAGCAGCAUCACAAACCGCCUGCAAAAUGCGGAACGCUUUCUGGGCUUGCCUUCUUGCAAGACAGACAGGAUUUGAGGUCGCAAAUGCGCAUCACAAAUUUUCAGACGGAUACGUUUUCGAUAUGGGGAGGGGGGGUUUUUCCUUACGAUACACAGAUGGUGUUGGACCACGGCCUUUCCUACGUGGCGGAAACCGCCUACAGCUCCCUCCGCGGGAAGUCGCAUUCCGUGUUCGCCCCGAUUGCGAACGAGCAGCGCGAGACGCUAACGCUCGCGGGGUUGCAGGCGGGGGACUACAAGCGGAUGCGGGACUACUUGUUGGAGCAGUUUUCCGACCCGCAGGACGGGACGGUGCUGACGCCGGAAGAAGAGACCCAACUCGCCAACAAGAUCAUGAUCGAGCUGAAGCGGCAGGAGCAGGAGGACAUCGUCCAACGGCUCGGGGGCGCGAAACUCGGGGAGGAGCCGCAGGAACUGAAGCAGAUCAACCGGACUUUUACGUACAACAAGGACCUCUCCUCCGGCCGGUGGAGCCGCGGGGCGGAGUACAGCGCGUAUCUGAACCAGCGCGGCUUCGCGUCGUCGACCAAGAUGCCGCAGGAGAGUUUUGUCUCCGCGGCCACCACCAAACCGGGCCUCACCCCCAACGUGACGAUGCGGCUGAGCAGCCGGAGGUUGUUGGGGAAUUCCGUCGCUGACUACGAGGAGCUGGAGAACGCGGUGCGGUCGUUUCGGUUGUCAACCAACUUCCGGGGAUUGAACCAGCAGAAAUUUCUGCACGACCUCCCCUUCCACACCGACGACCCCAAAGGUGCGAAGAUCUCGGUGCGGGCAACCACGGGGUCGAAUUCGACGACGACGUUUUCCUACACGACCAGCUACAACCCGCGGUUGUCCUUUUUCGAACAGCGGAAUUCGGUCAUCGCGCAGCAGUUGUUUCUGAAACCCUGGAUCCUGCUCUGCGCGGAGGCGGUGAACGUGGUGUACUACCCCGUCCACGUGGUUCUCGCCUUCUCCCAGGAGCAAAAGCUGGCGAUUCUGGCACAGCUUGGGAUUUUCGCGGUGCUUUUGUCCUGGGUGUGGAACACGGCGUCGAACACGGUCGCGGCCACCGGAAUUGCCGGCGUUUUCGGGCUGUUAUUCCUGUGUUUCCUCUACACGCAGUUUAUCAAGAAAGCCACCGGCGUGCAAAUUUUGGAUGUGGAGGGCUUCGUCGCGAAGUUCCAAGCAAGCGCCACGGCGACGGCCGGGGUCGCGCUCGUCGAUAAGUUGGCGGAGGUACAACUAGCAUAAGUUCUUGUUGUUUACUUUUUGGACUCGGAUUUGGAUUUCUACUGUGUGACGCACAGUGUGCGUUGAUUAAGGAGUAGAAGAGCACGCAGGUCUUUGAGUGUGCAUAUUGAUUGGCCAGCAGAAAUGAUCAUUUGACUUUGGCUUCUUUAGACUAGUACACUCAAUGUAAUAUGAAAUACGAAUACCCCGACUUCCAUACAGGUCACCGCCCUGACAGCUUCUUUGUGGGGAAACGUGUUUGCUCCGAGGCGGCGUUCCUCGAAAGAACUGAUUACCACCUCCACCCAAUUCGCCGGGUACGACUACAAGGACGUGCGCAAAGCCGCUCGCUGGAUGCAGCGGUUUGGCGACACCCUUACCCCCUGGUGGAUCUUUUUCUACACCGUCUACCUGGAAUUGGAGUGGUACCGGCUGAAGCAGAAGCCGUACAGGGAGCAGUCCAAGCUUUCCCGUUUGGAAUUCUUCCAGCUCGGCGCGGCCAGCGCGUGGCAGGACAUCUACGCCGGGAUUGGGUUCUACUUGGUCGGGAAGCUCUGGGAGCUACUGGAUAUGGAUUGCAAAAAUGUCUGGGUCUGGAAGAAUGCAGGAGUUUGUCAUGCAGAUUUUGCAUGACCCAUGAGGUCUGUGAUGCAUGCCCUAGCAUCAGAGAUUUUGCGAGGGCUUUCUGAUGCUCAUACCGCAUGAGAAAUGCCCUCUCCGUGUAGCACAAAUUGCGCCUCUUUUGCUGUUCAUGCAAUACAGAUUUUAUGUAGAUUCCAAAGUUAGCAUCACAAGUUCCAACUUUCCAGACCCAGACAUUUUUGCAUUCCAUACUGGAUCCGCAGACGCAACUGAGGAACUACACGUUAUUCUUCGCCGCGUAUCUGUUGCCACUAGUCUCUUUAUAUCCUGUGCAAAAGUAUCGUACUCGCAGUAAUUGCAGUCAUGCAUUACAAAUCUCCAUCCCAAGGCAAAACAGCAUGACAAAUGGAUUUGUCAUGCUGAGCUAAUUUGUAUUGCAAUUACUACUAGCACGAUACUUUUGCAGUUCAUACUUUACUCGGGUCUGUGGCGGUGAAACUUCUCGUCGGCUUCCAGGUCGGGCACGAACUCGCCUGCCCCAGCUGGGCGGAGCGGUUCCCGAACCUGUCGGCUUACCCGGAGUCCUUCACGUUGACGAUUUUCGCGUAUGUGGCGGUUACCGCGGGGACGGUGGGGAAGUCCCUGGUGACGUUUUUCCUAUCCGCCUACUUUCUCCGGUCCAGCCGGGCGUCGCCGAGGGCACGGAGCUACCUGAACGCCGCACUGUGGCUGAUAAAUUUGUCGGGUAUACUUUCUUCAUUUUUAUUUCUUUCAAGAAAUGAAUAUAUAAAACUAAAAACAUGAUUGCAAAAAAAAAAUGGCACAAUGUAUCUAUGAUACUUCUUGCUGUUACUUUACUACCGAUUAGAAGUGCAUCAUCUUCUAGAAAAAUCUUUCCCAAAAACAAACUUCACAACAGCUCUCUCCUGGGUCGCCGCGGCUCUUCUGCCAGCGCUGUUCCGCCCCGCAGUCGCGUAUCCGUUCCAAGUCCCACGGACCUUCCACGAGCUCAUCCCCGAGGCCACGCCGAUGCCGCUUCGGGCCUAUGUGUUUUUGAAUAAAGCGGAGCAGGUUCUCGGCUUCUGCCUUUUCGCCAUGGGGAUCCGGAGGAUGCAAAACAAGGAGUCUGUGUUGGAGAAGCUGGUGAUGCGAGUUUUACGAUUUUUUUCCCCCACGACAAGUCCGAUUACCGCGAUCACGGGC